CAAGUAUUAUCGUGCCUGUACAUUAGCAGCGUGGUCAGCCUUCGCCUCUUACUGCUGUCCAGGAGGCCAUCGUCUCCAACAUCCGAAAUGACGACCCAACCUGCGCCGACGCGCAUCGCUAUGCGCGAUGAACUGUAUAACCAGUACUCGUUCAUCCAGAACGCAGCCAUGCGGGCUGGGCUGGACCUCAUCCCCGAUUUUAGCCACAAACAUGAAUUGGCGGCCAUCGACUAUGGGUGCUCCCAAGGCAGCAAUUCAGUCGAGCCGAUGCAGAAGACCAUCUCGACACUGCCACAGGGCGCGUCCGCUCAGCUCGUCUUUCAAGACACACCGUAUAACGACUUUGCCAGCUUGAACAGGACCGUUGACGAGCACUUUUCGCCUGAAAAGGCUCCCAAGGAUGUCCUCCUCACGCCGCACAUAGUGCCCGUCAGCUUCUACCGCCAGGUUAUGCCCACGGGCUUCGCUGACAUUGGCUUCUCCUGGUCAUCGCUCAACUAUCUCGAGUUCCCACUCAACGUACAGCUGGACGCGACCAUGUCCAGCCAAGACUUUGCCACCGCCCGUCACAACGCCGUCGCCGGGGCGGGUGCAGCAGACCUUGUCAAGUUACUGCGUCUGCGCGCCCGUGAGAUCAAAGCCGGUGGUUAUUUCGUCGCCGCCAUUGGCGGGCAGAAGCCUGAAAGUGGGAGCGACACGCUCGAGCCGUCGAACCCGGGUGGACAGCCCAUGCAGGCUGGGUUGAUGAAGAUGGUUGCGCUGGGCAAGCUGACUAUGCCUGAGCUCAUGCAAAACGCAUUGUUUCCCUCGCAUGAGCGCACGAUCGAGGAGGUCAAGGCUGGGCUGGACGCCGUGUCCGACCUGUGGGAGGUCGAGCACGUGGAACCCAAGCUCAUUGUUCACCCCGCGUACGAGACGUACCAGGCGUCGGACAAGAGCCCGGAGGCAUUGAGGAAGUACGCAAGCGACUGCAUGAUGAACAUGGUCGCCUCGUCGGGCUGGUUCUGGGUGGACGUGAUGAAGAGGAGUAGGGGUCCCGAGUGGGAUGGCGGUGAUGCGUUUCUGGAGGAACUAACAAACUACAUGAUCGAUGCGUUUGUCGACAAGUGUCCGGAUCUCAAGUUCCAGAUCUGGUACAAUUACAUUAGAUUGAAGAGGACAGAUGUGGCAGCGUAGGAGGAACGUUGCGAGCUACUUUGCCUUUGCCUUCACCUUCACCUUCCAUUCGGGACGCUAGAUGAAACAACGAAAACCUUCCUCCCUGACAAUCCAAUCCAAUGAACGACCCCGCAAUCCGCCAGCUGACUGUCCGCCCUAGGGCGCGCCCGAUACACACGAUUGACCAGGUCGAUCACACGCGCGCCCUCCGCCUGACGACAGGCGGGACAGGGCUGCCAAGUUCCAACGCCCGCUACGCCUCGACGAGCCGCCGCUAGCCGCCAAACUACGUAAAGAACCACUAUUUCAUACGUAAAAAAAGGCCGACUAUUAUACAUGCCCUUGGCAGGAUCCGAGCGUUCCAAUGCACAUGGGCGGAUAGCAUGCCACAGUCGUCAAUAGCCAGCGGCUCUCCACGAUCCGGUGAUCUCCAGUUCUCUUCC